GUGCAGGUUAUCAUUCUGAAUCCAAAGCCAAGGAAUAUAAACAUGUAUGCAAACGAGCUUGUCGGAAGGCAAUUGAAAAACUACAGGCUGGUGCUCUUGCUACAGAUGCAGUGACUGCAGCUCUAGUGGAACUUGGGGUGUACACACAGUUACACUUCAUGGACUUCCAUCCAGCCAAGUAUCCAUGUUCUUCUUGUGAAGAGGCAGAGAAAAUCACCUCUCCCAAGAAUUUCCACCUUCUGACCAAGGGAAAUGUGUUCUGAAGAGCUGUACAGAUGGGAGGCAACUUGUUUGCUUGUUCUGCUUGCUAGAGCAUUGAUUUAAUUAGAAGACAGGCUGUGGGUGGCCAUGUGCAGACAAAGAAGCACCAGACAGCCCAGUAAAAGUAAGCCUGGGACAGUAAAAGAUUCUCCUUUUACAAACGCAGGAAUGGGAUCUAAUCUAAAUCUUUUAGGGGAAAUUGAGUGUGAUGCCAGCAUAAUGGAUGGAAAAUCCUUAAACUUUGGAGCAGUUGGAGCACUGAGCGGAAUCAAGAAUCCAGUCUCAGUUGCAAACAGACUCUUAUGUGAAGGGCAGAAGGGCAAGCUGUCUGCAGGCAGAAUUCCUCCCUGCUUUUUAGUUGGAGAAGGAGCCUACAGAUGGGCAGUGGAUCAUGGGAUACCUUCUUGCCCUCCUAGCAUCAUGACUACAAGAUUCAGUUUAGCUGCAUUUAAAAGGAACAAGAGAAAACUAGAGCUGGCAGAAAGGGUGGAAACAGAUUUCAUUCAACUAAAGAAAAGAAGACAAUCAAGUGAAAAGGAAAAUGACUCAGGCACUUUGGAUACUGUGGGCGCUGUGGUUGUGGACCACGAAGGGAAUGUUGCUGCUGCUGUCUCCAGUGGAGGCUUGGCUUUGAAACAUCCAGGGAGAGUUGGGCAGGCUGCUCUUUAUGGAUGUGGCUGCUGGGCUGAAAAUACUGGAGCUCAUAAUCCCUACUCCACAGCUGUGAGUACCUCAGGAUGUGGAGAACAUCUCGUGCGUACAAUACUCGCUAGAGAAUGUUCACAUGCUUUACAAGCUGAAGAUGCUCACCAAGCUUUGUUGGAGACUAUGCAAAACAAGUUUAUCAGUUCACCUUUCCUUGCCAGUGAAGAUGGCGUGCUUGGUGGAGUGAUUGUUCUCCGGUCAUGCAGAUGUUCUGUGGAGUCUGACUCCUCCCAAAAUAAGCAAACACUUCUGGUGGAAUUUCUGUGGAGCCACACUACGGAGAGCAUGUGUGUUGGAUAUAUGUCAGCCCAGGAUGGUAAAGCCAAGACUCACAUUUCAAGACUCCCUCCUGGUGCUGUGGCAGGACAGUCAGUUGCAAUUGAAGGUGGGGUUUGCCGCCUGGAGAGCCCAGUGAACUGACCCUCCAGGCUGACUGUGAAGUAUCUGACACAUUUCAGAACCUGAGUUUUUGGAUAUUUAACUGAAUUUGGGUGUUUUAUUCUCCUUGUUUUAUAAUUCCUAUUGUAACCUCAGGCACCGCUUGGAACACAAGUGCUGCUAUAGUUAGUGCUGGGUAUCAGACGGACCUUUGGCUGGUGAGCAGCAACAUGUGUGGGUGUGUGUGGGUGUGCGGUAUGUGUGCUUGCUUCUCCCUGAUGGGAUAGAAUCUCCUCACAUGUAACUUAUGACUGGGAAUAUCAAAUCGUCUUUGCAAAAUGUGUGCAUUAACUGUUUACAAGUAAAUCCUAAAGUUGCGGGAAGCUUUUAUUUCAUAAAUGGUAUCAACUUGUGUUCACCAGAACUGAAGAGUGAAUCUGCUCUUUAAAUGACUUGACCGUGAUUGUGCAGUGAAUAGUAAUAUGGUGUUUUUAUUGUCAGUCAGUUUAAGUGGAUGGUAUGGUAACUUAAACUGUUGUUCUCAUCCUCAUCUGGGGCAUUUUUCCUUGUAACAGAGAAUGGUUUCAGUGAAACAGUCUAGCAGAGAAUUAAGGUCAAAACCUUUCAAAAUAAUCUUAUUGAUAAAGUUUGUACUUUUUUCUUCAGCUUUUCUAAGCUUAAAUAUUGCAUAGCUUUGAGCUGUAUGUACUAAAUUAUGAAAGAAUAUGUAAAGAGAAUGUUCAGUAAUGCACAGUCUUAAUUUGUGUAUAAUGGAAUGUUAUUUACAAUGUAACACUGUAAAUAAGAAAACAAAUUUUAUGGGAAAAUUCAAUAUUAUCUUUGUUUCUUGUUUAAAUAUAUUUUUAAGAUAAAGGUACAAAAAUAAAAGAAGCAUAUUACUGGGUAUAGUGUGUGGCUCCUUUUCUCAGUCUAUCUUUUGAGCCCUAGAUU